CAAGAGCCGAGCUCCCAUCUCUGCCAGAUUGGUGGCCGACAUGUUGUCUGUGUCCUGCGCCGACCACAUCAUCACUAUGGACUUGCACGCACCACAGAUACAGGGAUUCUUUGAUAUCCCGGUCGAUAACCUGUAUGCAGAGCCAGCUGUACUGAUAUGGAUCAAAGAAAACAUCCCUGAAUGGAAAAACUGUAUCAUCGUCUCUCCAGAUGCCGGAGGAGCAAAGAGGGUCACCUCGAUAGCGGACAGACUGAAUGUGGACUUCAUCCUGAUUCACAAGCAGAGAAAAAAGGCUAACGAGGUGGACCGCAUGGCUCUCAUUGGAGAUAUGACAGACCGGGUCGCCAUUCUCGUGGACGACAUGGCCGAUACGUGUGGCACAAUCUGUCAUGCUGCUGACAAAUUAAUAUCUGCUGGUGCCACCAAGGUGUAUGCCAUCUUGACCCAUAGCAUAUUCUCAGGCCCUGCCAUUCAGCGCAUCAACAAUGCCUGUUUUGAGGCAGUGGUGGUCACCAAUACAAUUCCUCAGGAGGAGAAAAUGACGCAUUGCCCCAAAUUUCAAGUAAUUGUCAUCUCCGUGAUCCUUGCAGAGGUUAUUCGUAGAAUUCACCACGGCGAGUCUGUGUCAUACCUGUUCAACCAUGUUCCCUUGUAA